AUGCAAUAAAUAUACUAAUAUCCUUGGUUAAUAGAUGUACCUCCUUAUUUAGCUUCCUAUUGUGUUGGGUAUCACAAAGAAUAUCCAUUUUCUUUGUAUCAGUACGUGUUUGAGCCUGACAUAAUGAUGAAACCAAAUUAUAAAGCCAUCAAAACAUUUGAUCCUUAAGAACUUGUAAGAUAUUUGCAAAAUAAUUUUCCUUUGAUAAGAAGAAAUAUUUUUCAAUUUGAGGAUUAGAUGAAACAGUUAAAUUAAAUAUUUGGACAAAUUGUUAUAAAAGGUAAUGUAUAUUUAAAUAUAUUAGGUUUCCACAUUGAUGAUUUUUUUAAAUAAUUCUGUUUUGUUUUGGAGUAAAAAUUGCAUAAGUUCUUUGAUGAUCUUGAUUAAUAUUUAUUCAAAUUGAAUGGAAAAUAGACAUAAGAAUUGAUACCAGGUGACUACCGAAUUGGGGAUACUCGAAAACAUAUUAGAUAAAAAUUAAUAGAUAUGUCAAACGAUCUUGUGUCUAAGUUUGCUUCAAGAACAACUCCACAAGAAUAUGAUAGGGAAGUUAUAAGAAAAAUUGAUCAAAUUUUAAGAAUCUAUGAAUUAUUAAAGUAUGAAUAUGGAUGGCAUUUUCUCAUAAAUAUCACAAAAUUCAAUCUAGAAGAUCUAUUGGAAAGGCUUUGUAAUAAUGAACCCACCUAAUUUUAAAAAAUAGAUGAAUUGAUUGAAUCCAUGUUUAUUAUUUCAAUGAAAAAAAUUAAGGAUGUUAUGGAACAUGAAAGUACAAGUCCACUCUUUGUUUUUAAUAAGAAUGCUGUGUUGUCUAGGUAAUUUUAUUAUUUUAUCAUCAAGAUUUCAUUCAAUUAUCAAUGAUAGAUAAGAUCCCUAAAUGUCCACUGAUGAUUUGUAUUACAUUAGUAAAACGGUAUGUAUGAGAGAUAGAAGAAUCAUUUACAAAGAAUUUUGUGAUUAAAUCAAUUAGGAACUUAAAGAAAUUGCUCCUGAAUAUUUCUAAUUUGCAACAACAGAAAAGUGCGAAUAUUAGAAGGAAAGAGAAGAACUUCAUAAAAUAUUAUUAAAAACUUAAAAUGAUUGGGAGUCGUUAAAGGAAGAUGAAAUUUACUAUCUAAUUUUAGAGGAUAGAAUCAAUGAAGAGGAUUUAAGAAAGGUUCCCUUGACAACUGAGCGAUAGUUACAUUAAUUGUAAAAUUUAAAUGCCUUUGCAAUCAAAGCUUCCAAUCUAUAAUAUGAUGCAACAACUUUAUUUCAGAAGAUCUUGGAUCACAAAGAUAAGUCGAAAGCCUAUUUUGAAACUAAACUCCAAGAGGCUUUGGAUAAGGCAAAAUAAUAUUAUAUCAAAAUGACUCCUGGUAGAACGCCAUCCUCAAAUUAAAUUAAAUAAUAUGUAGACAGUCUUUAUAGUGAAUUAGCCAACUUAUUGAACUCAGAUUUCUCUAAGUGUUAAAGAUAAAUGUCAUAAACUGAUAAGUCUGUUGAACAAUAGCUUGCUAGAAACAAUCAGAAUCCUUAUUUAUAAUAAGUAGAAACGGAUCUUUAAAAGUAACAACAGGUUAGAGAUCAUUUGUAAAAAAAUCCAUUUAUAGAUACCCAAAUACAAAAACCAAUAACAAACCCUGAUCCUCUUACACAUUCUCUUCAAAAAGAACCAUCAGAUACAACUAAUAUUUCUUAAUAAGAAUCGUCAAUUUAUGUUGAUCCUCCUUAAAAUAAAGCAUCAACAAAGACUUAUCCUCCACAACAACAACCAUAAACUAAUAUUUCUCCUUCUGAGAAGAUCCAUGAAAGAUAGGCAGAACCAUCAAAUCCAAUAGAAUUAAAUCAGAAAAAUAUUAUAGGACUUAAUUAAUCCUUUUAGUCUUAGAUAUCAUCUGGUAGCGAAUUUAAUCCCAAACACGAUGAUAAGGUUACUAAAAUUUUAAAGGAAAAAUACUAGCCUAAAAUUGAAGUAGAGGAGAUUGAUUAGAAUUUUAUAACCCCAGAAAUGCUGCCCUUAAUAAAUAAGUAUAUUAAAGGAACAAAAUAUGGAAAAAAAACGACAAUUAAAAUGAAAGAAUUUAAUUCUUUUGAAUAUGUGAUUUAACUGUUUGAAGAUUUUAUUACAUAAGAUGAGGUUUACUUGUUAGAUUUUGAUGUAGUAAAAAAGCUAUUUGAUAUUUUUGAAAAAUUAAUUUCUUAGGAAGAAGUUUAAGAUGAUGUUUAAAGAUUAGUUACUUAGAUAGAGAGGACAUAUCAGGAAAUUACAGGAAGAGAAAACUUUGUUGAAUCAAAAAUCUUUUUCCCAUUACAAAAUAACCCAUUUUUGUUUUACUUAGUUGAAAAAGAUCCUAUUUCAAAAUAAUUAAAAUUAUAUUACGAUAAAUAGCCAAAUGAAGAUCAUAUGGGGGAAGAAUUUGAUCGUUUUUUGUUCUUUUUGUAAUAGGUUUUCUAUUGUGAAGAGUUUGAAAUUUCUUAAGUGAUUCUUCCACCUUAAUCAAAAAAAAAACUUGAUUCAUUUGGAGCUGAUGGCUACUAUAUAAAGUAUAUGAUGACAGUUUUUGCAAUUAUUUAUGAGUAAUAAAAUAUUAAGGAAAACAUUAUUAUUAAUGAUGACACAAUUGCAAGAGCAUUUUGGGCUUUAAAUUAAUAUACUGAAUUGUACACAACAUUGUAGGAAAAUGAGGAAAAUGUUAGAAAUACCUUUACUGAAAUGGUAGAAUAGGCACAAAAGAAUAAUAAUACUGUAAUAAUUACAUAAAUAGUAUAACCUUACUUAGAAAAAGGAAUUUAAAAUUUAUCAUUAGUAAAAAUUAAACAUUAUAUUUUAGCAAGUGUAAGAGAUUUAUGACCACUUCUUGUCAAAUAAGGUUAUAAAAUAAGCCUUUAUCUCUAUAGAAAUUGAUAUUUAAGAAUAAGAAUAAAAGAAUUGUUUGUAUGUUCAUCUAUAAAAAGUUUAACAACUUAAUUUUCUAUAGGUAUAAUCAUUAAAUUUAGCUAGAUAUUUAUGCUAAAAGGGCAUAAAAACUUCAAUGAAGAUAUGUGUAACAUACUAUUGAUGGAUACAGACUUAUUUACAAAAUAAAUUUACUUAGAUUUUCCAAGACAUAACAUUUUAUCAAAUUAUAUUGAAGUUUCCCUUGGAGCUUUUUACCAUCUUGUAGUAGAGUAAAAUUUAACUCCAAAAGAGGCAAUGGCAAAUUUAUUUUUCUCGGUAGUGCCAUAUAAUCUAAUUUUAAAAUAAUAAGAAUGA